UUUUGUAUAACCAUUAUGCUGUCUCUCCUGCCCUACACAUCUUUUCUUGGUCCAGGGACUUUCAGUCUCAGCCUCCUGAGAAGAAAGAAAGCUGUGGGUGGAGGGUCUCUGCAGGCUGUUGUGGGAGCAAGUGGUGUGUGGGCACCUGUCACCCAUUCAAGCUAAGACUGGGAGUCCCCAGGGGGUUUCUCUGAGGUCCUGUCAGGGACUCCUAGUUCAGAGCAUCCCUUUGUGUCACCUGCUGGGUGUCAGACCUCCGAGCACAAGGAGAGGCCACACCACCACACACAAUCCCCUUCCACUAGUCCUACUUCUAUCAUCAAUAUAGCUUUACUUUCAGCACUUGCAAGAUCCCUUGGUUGAGGCCUGGCGCCCGGGAGUGGGUGUGUGUGCUGGCAUCCAAGGGUCCCAGGCUGCUGUCCCAGGGGUUGAGGGAGGCGACUUGCGUGCUGCUCUGCCCUGGAGGACUAUACAUAGCCAGCAAAGCCUCUUACCAGAGCCACCUCCCCGCACCUCACCGCCCACCCUAGACGGGGGCUCGUUCUAAAUCCCUUGCAGAGAAGCCGAGACCAGAGCUGCCCGGGGCCUGCCCUGCCUGUCUGUCCUUCCUUGCCGGGUCCCAGGAGCCCCGGGGCGUGGCCAGCAUGGUGGACAUGGGCGGCCUGGACAACCUGAUCGCCAACACGGCCUACCUGCAGGCGCGCAAGACCUCGGACACCGACAGCCGUGAGCUGCAGAGGCGGCGCCGCAGCCUGGCGCUGCCCGGGCCCGAGCACUGCGCCCCCCUCCGCCAGGCGCUGCCCCCCGACUUCCACAGCCUGUGCGAGCAGCAGCCCAUCGGCCGCCGCCUGUUCCGGGACUUCGUGAGCAACGAGCCGGCCUACGGCGACACGGCGGCCUUCCUGGAGGAGGCGCAGGCCUGGGAGCUGGCGGAGGAGGGCCCCGCGCGGGCCGAAGCGCUGCGGGCGCUGCUGGGGACCCCGCGCCCCUUCCUCAGCCCCGCACUGGCCGCCCGCUGCCUGGCCGCCGAGGCCGAGGAACUCGGGGAGCUGGUGGCGCCCGCCAAGGCCGAGGCCGUGGCCUUCCUGCAGGGCCGGCCGUUCAGGGCCUUCCUGGGCAGCGCCUUCUACGAGCGCUUCCUGCAGUGGAAGGCCUUGGAGAUGCAGCCCGUGUCCGACAAGUACUUCACCGAGUUCCGCGUGCUGGGCAAGGGCGGCUUCGGGGAGGUGUGUGCCGUCCAGGUGAAGAAUACGGGGAAGAUGUAUGCCUGCAAGAAGCUGGACAAGAAGCGGCUGAAGAAGAAGGGCGGGGAGAAGAUGGCGCUGCUGGAGAAGGAGAUCCUGGAGCAGGUACACAGCCCCUUCAUCGUCUCCCUGGCCUACGCCUUCCAGAGCAAGUCCCACCUGUGCCUGGUCAUGAGCCUGAUGAACGGGGGCGACCUCAAGUUCCACAUCUACCACGUGGGCCCUCGGGGCCUGGCCAUGGACAGGGUGGUCUUCUACGCGGCACAGAUGGCCUGCGGGCUGCUGCACCUGCACUCCCUGGGCAUCAUCUACCGGGACCUCAAGCCCGAGAACGUGCUCCUGGACCACGGCGGCCACUGCAGGCUGUCCGACCUGGGGCUGGCCGUGCUCAUGCAGGAGGACAAGCCCAUCACGCAGCGGGCUGGGACCAAUGGUUAUAUGGCACCUGAAAUCCUAAUGGAAAAGGCAAGUUAUUCCUAUCCUGUGGACUGGUUUGCAAUGGGCUGCAGCAUUUACGAGAUGAUUGCUGGACGGACACCAUUCAAAGAUUAUAAGGAAAAAGUCACCAAGGAGGAUUUAAAGCAAAGAACCCUGAAAGAGGAGGUCAAAUUUGAGCAUGAUAACUUCACAGAGGAAGCCAAAGAUAUCUGCACUCUCUUCCUGGCCAAGAAACCAGAGCAACGCUUAGGAAGCAGAGAAAAAUCUGAUGAUCCCAGGAAACACACUUUCUUCAAAUCCAUCAAUUUUCCUCGCCUAGAAGCCGGUCUCGUGGACCCCCCAUUCGUGCCAGACCCUUCAGUGGUUUAUGCCAAAGACAUCAAUGAAAUCGAAGACUUUUCUGAGGUCCGAGGCAUUGAGUUUGAUGAAAAAGAUAAGAACUUCUUUCAGAGAUUCUCUACCGGUGCUGUGCCCAGAGCCUGGCAGGAAGAGGUCAUAGAAACAGGACUGUUUGAAGAACUGAAUGACUCCAACCGUCCUGCAGCUUAUGGGGAGGGAGAUUCAACCAAGUCCGGCGUGUGUUUGUUAUUAUAGAUUGUUCUUUCUACCAGCUAGGCAGCGGGAGCCUCAGCUGACAUAAUCCUGACAACCAGAAAUCUACAGAAGGAAGACCCAUCAAUCAGGAGGGCCUAUCCCCAGAGAACAAGUAAAAAGAACAGAUGGCUUCACUGCUUAGAAUGCCUUUCCUUCUUUCUCUUUUCUCUCUGUCGCUCUCCAGCUCUCUCUCUUUGAUUUCACAAAGUCAAUCUCAGUUUUCACUGAGAGCUGAGAAGAGGAACACUCAGGUUUAUUUUGAUAAACUAAAAUCAUGAGCUCUCCAUUCUGGAAAUGACAGAAAGUUCUGGAACUUUCAUGGUGUACUCAGAAAAUGAGCUUUUCCAAUUCUUGGUAAAUAAUCAUUUUAGUCUUUCUUUGUUAAGAUCCUCUCUUCCCUUCAUCUUUUGGGUUUCCUUUUGCUUCUGUAUAUGUAAGAAGAAUACUUGAAGCUGGAAAUAAAUAGUCCUGAUAUUCUCUCCUACCAAAAGAGAGAAGGAAAUUAAUUGUAAUAUUCUGGCAGUGUUUCAGAUGACAGAACAACUUUCAGCUUACUGAAAUUCCUUUUUUCACCUCUUUUGAAAUAGGUCACCAUUAUUUUAGUGAAGCAUGUUCAGUGUAAAUAUACAAGAGGUUUGUGAAAUAAAGAAUACUGUAAGCUGAAUCCUUUAAGGAAAAUGCUACAAAUUGCUUACACAUGCAGUUCUACAUGCUGAACUCUGGAAUCACCUAGGGAUCUUUUAAAAAACAAGAAUGUCUGCCUCUCUCCCCCAGAUUUAAUUGAUAUGGGCUACAGCCUGGACAUCUCCAUUUUCAAAAGCUCCCGUGUGGUUCUAAUUAUAGCAGAGUUUGAAAACCAUUGCCAUGGAGACUUACAGGUUACUACAUAUGGGCUUGUUCCCAUUGCUCAAAGGUUCAAUCAUCAAUGUUGACAGUCACUUUUCUUUCUUUCUUUCUUUCUUUUAAAGAUCCAUUUAUUUAUUUCAGGAGACAGAAAGAACAGAACACUGCUCAGCUAUGGCAGUGCAAGGAGUCAAAUCCAGAGCCUCAUGCCUCCAAGCCCUGAGCUCUACCUCUUAGUCAUCUCCCUAGCUACAACAAUCACUUCUCAGAUAGAGAGAGAGAGAGAGGAAG